UACAUAUUGAAUAAAAAAAUCAGUUUAGAGUAGCCGUGCUCGAUAACGUUUGGGCCUUUCGCAUUUUCAAGAUGGAGGGCAACAGAGAAAAGGAACAUUUACUGGCGUUAAAAGUAAUGCGGCUGACCAAACCAACAUUGAUGCCGUUCCAUCCAAUUCUGAGUGACCCUCGUGAUGUUUGCCACUUACUGACAGACGACCAAACAGAGAAAGACAUCGCCAAACCUCGAGACCUCGACUACUUCGGUGUUAGCGACCUGCUUACAUUACCACAGAAUUUUGGGAACAUAUUUCUGGGUGAGACAUUCUCCAGCUACAUCAGUGUCCACAACGACAGUAACCAAAAUUGCUCCGACAUUCUCUUGAAGGCUGACCUACAGACAAGUUCCCAGCGUCUGAUCCUGACGGGGGUCAACAGCCAGCCCAUGACCACCCUCAAACCCAAUGAGAGCAUUGAUGACGUAAUACAACAUGAGGUCAAGGAACUCGGCACACACAUCCUGGUGUGUGCUGUAAGCUACUCAACAGAGGCUGGAGAAAAGAUGGCUUUCCGCAAGUUCUUCAAGUUUCAGGUUUUGAAACCACUUGAUGUGAAAACCAAGUUCUACAAUGCAGAGUGUGAUGAUGUCUACCUGGAGGUUCAGAUACAGAAUAUCACCCCGGGCCCAGUGUACAUGGAGCAUGUCAGGCUGGACCCAUCUAACCUAUACAAUGCUGAGGAACUCAACUCUAAGGCCUUGACUCAAGGGAAUGGAAACGUGUUUGGUCCAGUGGACUACCUGAAUGCCAUGGACACUCGUCAAUACCUGUACUGCUUGACCCCACGCCCGGAACUGUACGAGGAGAACAAGGUCCUUAAGGGGGUUACCAACAUAGGCAAACUGGACAUCGUGUGGAAAACCAACCUGGGAGAGAAGGGCAGACUUCAGACCAGCCAGCUGCUCAGAGUGGCCCCAGGGUAUGGAGAUAUCCGUGUGACUGUGGAGACAGCCCCAGACAGCGCUCCACUGGAGGAGACAGUACAGGUCCUCCUCAAGAUCACAAACUGUUGUGAGCGAGAGAUGGACCUGACCAUGCUUCUACAGAAUGACCUCAACUCUGGGCUCAUAUGGUGCGGGCUUUCUGGGCGUAAACUUGGCGUGCUGCCGCCAAAUGAGGGCCUUGACCUGACACUUAACCUAGUUACCCUUUAUCCUGGUCUUCAGACGAUAUCUGGUCUGAGGCUUACAGACAACAAGUUAAAGAGGACGUAUGAACAUGACGAGAUAGCCCAGGUCUUUGUGUAUAACGAUGAGGAACCUGUAUAGAGGGGGGAGAAACCUUAGUUUUUAAGCCAAUUCUUGUAUAACAUCAUGGAAAAACAUGUUAAACUGGUCACACAUUGAGUUAUUGCCCCUUUGUUGUGUUUUAUACUGACUAGUGAUUGUCUUAGCUGGAGAAGCAAAUGAAUCGGCAAUACUAUUUGCUUAUGCCUUGAAAUUCCCAGAGUGGAAUGUCAUGUUUAUCAACAAAAUAGAUGUUUAUUGUUUAGACUAAUUAUUUUUGCUACAUACAUAAAAUUACUGGUACUCUCAAGUCUAAAAUAAGGUUCUGACAGCAUUUUUUCCAAUAUUUGGGACCAAACUGUGUAUUUUUUAUUGCUACAUGUAUGUAUAAAUUUUGUUAAUAGUUAAAAUUGUUUAAAAAAAAGAGAAAAAGGCUACCUUCAUAAAAAGCAAAGAGUUUUUCAUUUUGUGCUACACUGAAUUUCAUUUUGUGCUACACUGAAAACUUAUUCAUUGAAAUGAUAGGAAUCCUCCUUAACAACUUGGUUUUUAUACGCCUGUUUGUAUUGUAGUUUUACCUGCUGUGUACAGGCCGGGUCCAAUAUGUUGUCUGCGGAAUAACUUUAGAAGCAAUUGUCCAAUCAUUACCAAAUUUGCUGAGAAUGUGUAUUUGCAUAAUAUGUCAGUAAAUUAAAAUAUCACUUCAGUCACUCGCAAGUCAUCCCCUUUUAACAAUUGAAAUUACCUUAAAUUGAUAUUGUCUGAUCAAUUACUUUUGAUGUCUUCAUCAAUCAUCACCAAAUUUAGUCAGAAAUGAAUAUGGGCAUAAUAUCUCUGACAAGUUCGAUAAUGAGCCAUAUCGCUCCAGUCACACAAUAGUUUUUGUCCUUAGACUUAGAAAUUAUUUAAAAUUGGUCUUGUUCAAUCAAUAUCUUUAGAAGCUUUUGUCCAUUCACCUCCAGGUCAGGUCAGAAUGUGUAUGGGAAUAAUAUCUUGGUUAAGUUUGUUAAACAGCCAUAUGGCUUAUGUUGUGUUAUGGCCAUUUAAAGAUAUAAAUUACCUUAAAUCAGUCUUGUUUGAUCAAUUACUGUACAAGCCUUUUUCCAAUAAUCAUCAAAUUUGGUAAGAAUGUGUAUGAGCAGAAUAUCUUGGUCAUGCUUGAUAACCAGCCAUGUUGCCUCAUUCCCACCAAAAUUAUGACCCUUUGGAUUGGCAAAAACUGUAAUCACAGUGUCAGCUCUCUAAAUUUGGCUUAAGGUACAAUUACUUAUUACCAAACUUUGUGUCCUAAAACUAGGCUGGGUGAAUUUGGUGACAGUGGGCACUUUUAUGUAAAUCACAAUUUUUACAUGUUUGAACAGAUAUGAAUGAUUAAAGAGUUUUCUUGAAUUGUUGUGAAAAUCAAAUGCAUGAAUGCAUAUUUGCUUUCAUUAUGCUUUUUAUAAUGUGUCACAGAUUGGUUUCUUAUUGUAAACACUAAACAAUUAUUGUUCAUGAAACAUGCAAUGUUACUUUCAUGUUGUUGUAAAUGGGUUUGUGCAAUACCUAAUGCAUUUUAUUGCUUUGAAAAUCUGUUUUGUCUGUAAAUAUUUACUUUAUUGACUCUCCCACCCUAGGAUUUUGAAUGCAAGUUGAAUCUAAUAUUUGUUUCCUUUCAACUUUAAGCACCGAGUCAACAUGUUCACACUGAAUUGUAAAUCAUUUGUGGAUUCAAGAGAACAUAUGCAAUAAUCAUUUAAAGCAUAUUCUUAAAAUACAAAUGUAGCAAGAGGAUUAAAUGGAAAGAGAUGAUAUAUCCCCAAAAUAGUGCAAACAUUAUGACUGCAAACAUUAUGACUGCAAACAUUAUGACUGCAAACAUUUUGACUGCAAACGUUAUGACUUUCUUUUAAACCACUGACUGAGCAGAUGAUACUCACAGUUAGAAAUAAGAGUUGGACUUGUUUAAUUUCAAUAUGGUGAUGUUACAACAAGAACACAAAAGAAAAUAAGAUUUAUUCAGAUCUACAACAUUAAAUAUCAGUGUUUACACAUGGUACACAGAAACAAAUGGAUAUGUUACACAAAAUGUACAUAUAAUACAAUGAUGAUUUUUCACAAUAAUUUUAUUUAUAAUUUUGCAUGAUCACCAUGCAUUUCAUGAUUAUGUUGUAAAUGCUUCCUGUAAAUGUACCAAGAUUAACAAAUAAAUUAGACAACCUGUAA